CUUCAUAAAUCUCCACAAGCCUCUGCUUUGAUUCAUUUCAUCAGCAGCAAUAUACCGUUGGCUAUUUAGAAUGGAGAAUCAAGCAACAAAUGUGUUGAUCACUUCAGAUGGAGAUGAAAUCUCAGUGAGCAUUGCUUUACAUUUAGCCAAACGUGGUUGCAGGUUGGUGUUAAUGGGAAAUGAAGGCUGUCUAAGGAGUGCUAGAGAGAAAAUAAUGGGUUCAGUAAAGAAUGCAGUCCCAGUAGAGGUGAUUGGAUUGGAUAUGGAAGAUGUAAGAGAGGGAAUAUUUGAUGAUGCAGUUGAUAAAGCAUGGAAAGCUUUUGGUCAUUUGGAUGCUCUAGUGAAUUGUUAUGCCUACGAAGGGAAGAUGCAAGACCAUCUGCAGUUAGCUGAAGAAGAGUUAAAAAAAAUCAUAAAAAUAAAUUUUAUGGCUCCAUGGUAUCUGCUCAAAGCAGUCGGGAGGCGGAUGCGGGAUCGUAAAUCGGGUGGUUCCAUUGUACUCAUGACUACGCUACUCGGAGCUGAAAGAGGGCUCUAUCAAGGAGGUGCUGCAUAUGGCUCAUGUUUGGCAGGAUUGCAACAGCUAGUUAGAGUAUCAGCUUUGGAGAUUGGGAAACACAAGAUCAGGGUUAAUGCAAUAGCUCGUGGUUUGCACUUAGAAGAUGAAUUUCCAAAGUCAGUUGGAAAGGAGAGGGCAGAGAAGUUGGUGAAAGAAGCAGUUCCAUGGCAGAGAUGGUUGGAUGCUAAAAAUGAUCUGGCUUCAACUGUUAUCUAUUUAAUAAGUGACGGUUCCCGCUAUAUGUCCGGAACGACUAUAUUCGUCGACGGGGCACAGUCUGUAGUCAGGCCGCGCAUGCGAUCAUAUAUGUAAUUCCAUCAGCUAGCUAUGAGAACGAUAUAUUCUUUGUUUUUCACUUAUGAUUUACUGAAGAGAUCAUAAACUCAGACGAUUCAGUGAGCACCAACCGACUUGCUCGAUUCAUUGGAGGUUUUGUAUGUUUUGAAACUGGUUGUGAAUUGGAAAUGAUGACAGAAUAUGUUAUG